AUGACAAGAGCAACAGAAUACCCCCAAACAAAAGGCUAUAGCCGGAACACAAUAUGCACUGCAUUACUAGCAGCUAUUGCUGUGCUCAAGAUUCCUGAGAAUGCUAAGGUUACCGCAUUCCAACAAAUAAAUGUUGUGACACCAUUUCAAACACGUCAGUCAAUCAUAACGCAAAGGUUCUCUUCGGUUGGUGAUGGCGCUAUCCCGCCGGAAGACCCAGAAGAGGGUGGGGGAGGUGAUUUAGAUGGCUUUUUGAAUCCCAAAAAGGAGUCUGAUAACUUGAAAAAGGCUCGUGAAUUCAUGAGUGAGUCCAGCCUACCAUUGUCAUACGAUGAAGAUGAUGAGACAAAUGACGAGGCCGAUGGAAUCGACAAGGUUCCGCUGGAUCACAAGUCGUCAGCGCUGGUUGGCGCAUUUGGAUCUUCCUCCUCUUCAUCGCUGUUUGCUGAUGAGGCCAGCAUGGAUGCUCAACUGGCAAAGAACCCAUACAUGCAAGUUGUGUCCAAGCUAUCGCCCUCUGAGAUCAUUUCAAAGUUCACCGCAACGGCGAAUCCACGAGUUCAAGAAGCGGUCCGAUCAACCAUUUUAGGGUUGAUCGGAAGCCUUCCGAAAAUGGCAUUCGAGACAACCACCAUCACCACAGGACAACGAUUGGCGUCACUUAUGUUUCAGCUACAAAUGACAGGGUACAUGUUCAAGAAUGCCGAGUACCGUCUCAGCUUGUCGCAAUCUCUGGGCAUCAAUCCAAUUGACACCACCCACAUGCUCUCUGGUGACCCCACGGUGCAACUGGAGGAUAUACAAGAAAAGAUCAUGUCGGGGAAAAUCAAGGGCAAGCUGAAGGUGCGUAUGGGCAAAAAGCCAGAAUCUGAUAAGGCACUUCCCUCCACCGACACGAUCAACGAUCCCAAUGAAAUCGAAGUAGAUGCCGCUGCAUACAUGUCAGAACUCCGAUCAGAAGUUUCCAAACUGAAAGAGGAAUUGAAAGAGCACGAGGAUGCAAAAGAGGAGGAGCUACGAAAAGAUUUGCUUCUUUACAUUAGAACUUUACCCGCACAGGAGCUCAAGGAGCUCACAAACACUAUGAGUCAAGACGUUCUUGUUUGCAUGAAGGGUCUAGUACAAGCGGUUCUCGCAGGAAUUGGAGAUGGCAAGAUUGCUCCUGAUACCGUGACGGAACAGUCUGGAGAAGCGAUGGCGCAGCUUUGCAUGUGGCAACUUGCUGUAGGAUACAAUCUACGGGAACUCGAAGUCCGAGAAGAAUUGAAGAAUAAACUAACCGGAGGCAUGGGCAAUGCCAGUGACGACGAGAACGGCAUUGACUUUUCACAACCGGGAAUCUUGGAAUAA